AUCAUCAGUAGUAAUUUUCAAUGAUGUCAACUCAGCAAAAUUAAAGAAAAAUGGGUGUAGAUAUUGUGACCCCUUUAUUUUUCAAAUUAAUGCUACACAAUUUUCGUAAACAGUAGCAUUAAAGUGCGAAAAACAACUUAAAAUUUACACAUAUUUUUAUGAAGUGAUUUUUGUGCAAGCAAACGAGUUAUUUUUAAGUGAAUUUGCAAUCGGUGGUCAAGAUUCGAAGCAUUUUUGUUUCAUCAAAAUGUAUUUUUCAAUUGGAUGGCCAAGAGUUAUAAACUGCUCAUACAAGAAUAUUCGCAAAAUUGCCUGUGAUCGCGUAAAGAUUCUGUUCACAAUUCUCACUGAUGAUACACUUGCGAUUUGGUACACAAAGCCCUGUGUCCCGAUAGCGGCUAAAAUACGGAGUGCUGAAUGUGUGGAAAAGUACGGACAUAAUACGACGGUGGAAUGGAAACCGGAUUCCAGUAUGCUAUUAGUGGUUACGACUAGUGGUACCUUAUUUAUGUAUACAUUGAUUGUCAGCGAUGCACCUAGAGGUGUAUACAAUCAAAAUGAUUCUCCGUUUUCUAAUCUACGACGGGACAGUGCCGAGUUAUUCCUAAAAGAGACAAUUCCUUCUUUACGGUUAUCAUUGACACAUCAGAUAUCACUAUACGUGCCGAUUUCCUGCAUUUCCUGCAUAAAUGUCUCUCAGAUAAUGGUAGCAACAAAAAAUGGUCGCGUUAUUCGUCUUAACUGGAACGGUGUAGAAGAACGUGAUUAUGCCUUGGAUUUGAAACGGAUACCAUUUAGUAUAAAUCAACAGUACAUUCUAGCUGUUCCAAUAUUGGAAAGCAAUACUUUUAUUGAGUCUAUUGACUAUUCCCCGCUGCUAUGUGGGUUUGCGAUUACCUUAAACGAUGGAAGAGCAGCUUUUUUGACCGCAGGGAAUACAAAAUUUGAUCCAAACCAAGUUCAGGGCAUCUGGUGUCAGAACGUAGAUGAUGCAACGUGCUGCGUGAUUAAUCACAAGUAUCGCUUGAUAGCAUUUGGACGACGUAAUUCACAGACAAACAUGUACGUCAUAGACGAUCUAGCAGGUGGUUUGGAACUGUCGCACCGGUUGGUUCUGAGCGCCAAAGAUUUUCCCGGUGCUCCAGGACAUGUUAGUGAGAUUAAGUGGACUCCGGACGGAUGCGCAAUAAUGGUAUCCUGGAGUAACGGCGGAAUUUCUUUGUGGAGCACUUUCGGUUCUCUGCUGAUGUGCUCACUUGGUUGGGACUAUGGGCUGCAUGUUGAUUUGUCGAAUAAUAAUCCGUUCAAUAUUAUUAGUAUGGACUGGUCAACUGAAGGGUAUCAGCUCUUUAUGGUUCGUCAAUUAAAUGAAACAAUUCCUUCCGAGACAUGUAGUGAUACUGUGGACAAUUCCGGAUCCUCUGCUUCACUGAUGUCUGCAAGUUCAAACACCCCCCCUAGCAGUUGCAGAGAGAUUAACGAAUCUGUUCAUAAACCAACGAUGAAACAGAGCAAUUGUUUUAGCUCGAGGACUAUGCUCAUUCAAUUAGAUUUUGUAAAAAGUAUUUUAACAAUUAAUCCGUGCAUGAGUUACAACUCUUACCUUCUGCUACAAGGCGAUGAUAAGUUAUAUAUUAACCACGGGGACGUAUUGCAAAAUAUAUACCACAAUGCUAAUGCGUAUUCUUCUGAAGGUGAUGGGAAUGCUUAUUCCGAAGAUAUGCAAUACGCUAGAUUAUCCAAGAGCGAUCUAGAUUAUAUGAGAAAUGAAGACGACUCCAUUUCAGAAAAGUAUGUGCAGAUCAACAGUAUAUUAUCAGAAAGCAAACAUUGGGUUGUGUUAAACCUUCCAACGGCCUAUACGGCCUCAAACUGGCCAGUUAGAUAUAGCGCGAUUGAUUUUUUGGGAACGAAUGUGGCUGUAGCUGGACGAACAGGAGUAGCGCUCUACUCGUUCAAUACUCGUAAGUGGAAAUUGUUUGGAAAUGAAACCCAGGAGAAGGAUUUCGUUGUCACUGGGGGCUUGCUGUGGUGGAAUGAAUGCAUCAUAAUGGGUUGCUAUUCGCUUAUUGGAUUCCACGACGAGCUUCGAAUUUAUUCAAAGGAUAAUAAACUAGACAACCGCUUCGCCAGUAUAACCAAAAUGAAUGCUCCGGUGAUGUUGAUAAACCUAUUUAAGGACCAAUUGAUUGUUUUUACUGCUGAUGGUCACGUUACUAUAUUCCUAUUGGUAGAAAACGAUAGCCAUCAGGUAGAACUGGAAAAAAUGCACAUAUACGAUAUCAAAAACGUGUGCAUUCAUCCAGCGUGUGUAAUAUCGGUAUUGAUGACAAACUUACGAAAUGAAAUUGGUGUCAAAGCAAACUACGAUAACAGCCUUUCCGAAACAUUGAUCUUGAACGUCUCGGGACGUGUCUUAAUGGUGCAAACGGAUUAUAUAGGUAAUGCAACCUCACAGCUUGCAUCGACUUGUCUAGCCUCAUCGGUUGAAUGCAUUUGGGUAUCGGAUUCAAAUAAAACCCACAUCAAGGAAUCUCUUUGGUUGUAUUGUGGUGGCCAUGGCAUGCGUGUUUGGCUGCCAGUAUUUCCACGGAAUGGAGAAACAGGGACACGAAGUCACAGGCAUACUUUUAUGAGCAAGCGGAUAAUGCUGUCAUUCACAUUGAAAAUAUACCCACUAGUGAUACUGUUUGAAGACGCAAUCAUCCUUGGAGCAGAAAAUGAUACUGUUCUGUACACUAGCGAUUCGAGUGUAUAUUUUUCCCUACCCUAUUGCUCAUUGAAAAGAACGAGUCAAGUGUACCUCCAUCAGAUCCUACGCCAGUUGAUAAGACGCAAUUUAGGCUACAAUGCUUGGGAAAUCGCGCGAUGCUGUACAAACCUUCCAUAUUUUCCCCAUUCACUUGAAUUGCUGUUGCACGAAGUGCUCGAAGAAGAAGCAACAAGCAAAGAUCCCAUACCAGAUGCUCUGCUGCCGAGUGUAUUAGAGUUUAUUCAGGAGUUUCCAGUAUACCUUGAAACGGUAGUGCAGUGUGCUCGGAAAACUGAAAUUGCGCUGUGGCCUUACCUUUUUUCGAGCGCAGGGAAACCAAAAGAACUAUUUCAACAAUGCAUGUCAUCCAAGCAGCUCCAGACCGCAGCCAGUUAUUUGAUAAUUCUUCAGAACUUAGAACCAUCGGCGGUGAGUCGUCAAUAUGCCACUCUACUUUUGGAUACCGCUCUGGAGCAAAGAAAUUGGUUGCUGGCAAAAGAUCUGGUUCGCUUUCUACGGGCGAUUGAUCCAAACGAUGUCGAGUCACCACGUUCCUCCUACGUGUUUGGCACUAAGUUUGGUUUGAACACAUCUGGUCCACCGGUGUCCCCAAAUGCUGAAGAUUUGAGUCUCAUUUUGGGCAGCAGUAUGACUCGUGGCAGAAGCUUUUCUACCACGGUAAACCCUAAAUCGAAUGAAGCAGUUAAUAAUGCAACCAUAGUGAAUAAGGAGAAAAACAUUAUCUUCAAUAAUACCACCAGUAGCAACGUGGAUUCUGCUUUAGUACAAAAACGAAAGAAAAGUGUGCCAAAUACUCCUAAGGAGAAAGACUCAUCAAGUGCCGAAGACUUUUUCAUCGAUGUAAUUUUGCAGCGACAUGCACGACGCUUCCUACAGCUGAAGAAUUUGGAAGAUUUGGGUCGUAUGAGUGCUACCCUGGAUUUUCAUUUGGUUGGUUGGCUGACGCGAGAAAAAGAUCGGGCGGCACGAAUCGAAGAUUUUGUACUGGCCCUCAAAGCAUUGCACGACGAAUUGGAUUGGCCUAAGCCAUGUUUGGAUCUAAAUUUGAUUAGAAACGGGCCAAGCUGCAAUCAGCCUGAAUCUCCGGCUUCGAACGUUUCGAACAAAUCCACGAUCGAUGUUGCGCAACGCACGGAAGAUUCCGGAUACAACAGCCUAUCGGUGAAUAGGAUUCCGGAAGGAGCAAUUAUUGACGAAAAGAGCAAUAUUAAGACAUUGGUUGACCCAUUAAUUGCUAUGACGAUUGCAAAGUUAGAAGAAACAACACAUGAGGUCAAGGAACUAUCGUUCAUUGAUACGAAAGAAGCAAACUUGUCCCCAAUGAAUGAUAAUAUUAGCGUGAGGUCAGAUCAUGUAAUAGCCAACUGGACGGAUGACGGGUGUGGUUCUAUGAAUCUAGAAAUUGAAGAAAGCUUCAAUAGAGCGCUGGAAAACAUUACCAAGACUAACAGUAGAAGCGAACGAUCGCAGCAUAAGCUAGAAAUUAAGAUGCGUUAUUUGCUACAAAUCUUUACCGAAGCUAACUGUUAUGAGUUUUCAUUAUUGUUAUCUGUUUUGUUGUUGGAUGUUGCCUCAGUUUGUCGGAUAACAAAUGCUGCGAUACGAUCAAAGUCCUUGGUGGUGUGCCGUCAACUAAGAAAUGGGUUAAAGGAUAUGACUAGGUGGAGUUUUAACGAGUGUUUAGGGUACAGACCGUUUAUGAUAGCUGUCCAACCUCAACUGGCUGUGCUUGACAAAUUUGUGAUCCAACAAGAAGCAAUUCCAUCCUUAACCGCUACAACCAAUACUAGUGUGCAAUAUAAGCUGCCAACUGCUGCUAACCUCUCAGAUUUGGGUGUUAUAUCGGAGACAGGUUCAACAUCUGUGCAUUCUGGUAACACGGAAAGCCGGCACACAAACAUUGCGACAGACAAGCCAGAUGGUCGUGUCCGUCAUAUGCUCGAGAAAAAGAGCAAUACUGUUUUGGAAAUAAGUUACAAUAAACGAGAUCGCCCGACCAGUACUAGAAGCGGUGGAAACAACGUUAUUAUGAGUUCCUCGGCUGUAAACAUUCCAAGGCACCCUGGUGGUUUUGUGAGGUCGGUUUCUGAUCUGGAGGUUAAAAAUAUUCGUAAAAUGGCGUUGGGGAAAAGUCAUGAACGGGACUUGGUCCAUUCGUCGACGAUUAGCGAAGAGUCAGAACGAAGUACUGGUUGUGUACUGAUGUAAUAAAGAAAAACAAAAGUUUAGUUAAAA